AUGUCAUUUUCACCAGCACCACCAAGUCCCAACAACUUUCCAUCGAAUCUACCCAGACGAGAAUCACUCGGACCAUCGCCGCUCUCAACACCUGGGCUGGAAGUCGAGUUUCAAGGGAUUGAGAUAUCAAGCGAACCAGAGACCGACCAUGACGCCGAUCCUGAAUCCGAACUCAAAGUGACGUUCUAUCCACCGCUUGUACUUCAGCGGCGGAUAUGGAUUCUCAACAUCUUGCGAAACCAGCGGAUCACUUCGAUUCUUGAUAUUGGGUGUGGAGAGGGUCAGUUACUCAGUGUGUUGGCUCAACCCGCGCCAUGGCUCCGUGCACCACCGCCAGACAUAUUAUCCCCGGUACCAGAAUUAGAUUCAGCGGACGAAAUCAUCAACCUCAACCCUAAACGUAUUAUUGGUCUAGACAUAUACGAACCCGAUCUGGAAUUCGCCCUGCAGAGUAUUGCACCACCACCCCCACCUGAGCAAGCAUACCAAUCCGCUGUACAAGGCAUCGACCUAGGUGGGAAGACACCGGUAACGCCAACAUACAUCAGGACCCUUCAAACCAUACGAUGGGAGGAGAUGGAAUCCAAGAUUUGGCUGGGGGGCCUUGAGGUAGUGAACGAGGAGUUCUUGGACAUUGAAUGCAUCACGUCAUCUGAGGUAAUCGAGCAUCUACCAGAACAUAUCCUUCCCUUCUACGCACCAGUGAUUCUAGGAAUAUACCAGCCUCGCUUCUUCUUGAUAACAACCCCAUCGUACACAUUUAACGCGCGCUUUACCGCUCCCGAUGCUCCACCUUCAGCUCGCAAUGGGUUCCCGGACCCAACGGGACGAACAACGCGCGUAUUCCGCCACCAGGAUCACAAAUUUGAAUGGACUCUAGAAGAGUUUAACGACUGGUGUACGAGUACUGCGGCAGAAUGGGGAUACGAUGUUGACAUUUCGAGCGUAGGGAGGACAUGCGAGGAGGAUCCGUAUGGGCGGGAUGACGCUUUGGGUGGAGCGUCUCAGGUCGCCGCAUUCCGACAGAAAGAGAACUUUGAAGGGAAGCGGAAGGAAGCAAGGAAACUAGUGGAUGAAAUGUGGAAGGAUUUGGAAACGAAGGGCAUACAUCGAGAGGCGCAUAGGCUUCUCAGAGCGGACAUCCAUCCUGCGCACCCGAGCUCCCGGAAGCCUGUAGCAAUCCACGCGAUUGGCGAGGCGGUUAAGGCGCGGAUGGAGGAAGAGCGUGAGGCGUUCGUGCGUUUUGAAGAAUUGUGGUUUGAUCCAGAGAUCUCAACCCUCUGCGGUGGAUGGAUAGAGUUCCUGUUGCAAGGAGUGGACAAGUCGCCGCACUUAUUACUACAGAGAGAUGGCCGGCAAAAUACGUGGAUGGUAGAACUCAUCGGGGGGCCGAGAGACACCAAACCGCCCAUUUGGUCACAAGGCACGCCAGAUGGAGCUCCAUCUCUAACACUCAGCGAUAAUCAUAACGAAUGGGACGAGUAUCAGGAUGGUGAGAGAAGUGUAGACUUGAUACCUUCAGAUUGGAUUCCUGGGCAAGAGGGGAGCUGUUAUGGUGAGGGCGAGAGCAGCGAGGAUGCAAAAGAUUGGGAAUCUACGGCGGCCGAGGGAGACGUUUCGUGGAAUGGGUCGGAGGUGGGCGAUGAUAGAAUGGAUGAAGAUGACGAAGCUGGAUGGGGUAGUGGUCGAGGGUGGAAUCUCAUUGACAGUCGACGUGGUUGGGGGAUGGACUCGCUGAACGAUGGGGAAAUCCAAGCCAAGUUUGGCAAGGGCAAGGGCAAAGACAAGUCAAAUGACAAAGACGAGACACUCAGCGGAUCGGGUACUUCGACAGCAGGUUGGGACGGUGAUGCAAGUGAGGACACUUCAUAG